AGUAGACGGGAAUUGACUCCUGAGAUUGUCAAGGCUGCAAUCUAUAGUCCUGCUUCAGCCAAUAUCCCUGCUCCCAAAAUAAAUCUUGCUGCAACACCUUCUCCACAGCCCAGGGGACCUGUUGCACAAACUCCGGGCGUUACAUCAGUGGCAGCUGCUAUGAGAGGAUCUCAAAUGGGUGGAAACGUGAGCACUAGUAAUCAGCAAGUUGUCCCCGGCCAGCAGAACCAAUUAACUGGGCCACCUCCAUCUCAACCACCGCAAAAUUUUCAAAGCCAGGGUAUGCCACCUGGAGGGACUAUUGCGCCUCGUACCGCAAACCAACCUGUGCCAUCUAAUUGGAUCAGCGGCAGAAGUGUUGGGCCCUCUGGGCAAGUGAAUUCACAAAUUCCUUCGAGUCAAAGUGGAUAUGGUUUGACAGCACCUAACUCAAUUGCCAACAAUAUACCACAGCCUCAUAUGACACCUGCAGUAAUAAGCUCUACAACAACCAGACCGCAAGUACCAGUGCCUGCAUCAGGAAACGGUUUUCCCUCUGACUCAAUUUUCGGAGAUGUGUUUUCAGUUGCUUCCACGCAGCCAAAACAACAUACUACUGGAACUACGUUGACAAUGGGCAUCUCAUCUGUUUCUACUGGAACUGUUGUGGCUCCCGAAGUUGCACAAUUUGUAGCUAGGCAAAGUUCAAUCCCACACCGUGGUUCAUUAAACCGUAUAGAAAACAAAAGCACAGGAUCUGCCAGUAAGGUUGCUGUAGGUAACGCUUCUUUUCUUGUUAAAGCAGGAAAAAUACCCACUCUUGAGAAGCAGUCAAAGCCUCCCUCUGACAGCAGCACCUCCAAAGUAUCAAAUGCCAUUGAUGCUCCUUCAGGAAAAUGUGCAUUAUCUUACAGCAUGGAUCACCCCACUACUGGUUUACCUGAGUCUAUCAUGGAUUCUGCUACAUCUGGAGAAGCUAGUGUUCCGCACUCUGGUGGAGAUACAUCCAAGACAUCUGACAUACCAAUUCAGACAGAUUAUGCUUCAGAUUGCCAGCAGAAGAAAAUUCCUCCUAACUUGGAUUCUUCAGAUUUGAAGAGAACCGUAUAUGUCAAGAGGAAGGCAAAUCAGUUGGUUGCAGAUUCAGAUAUUCAUAGUAAAAGUAGGAGCCAGAUUCCUACCUCUGAUGGCUACUUCAAGCGAAAUAAAAAUCAGCUAGUAAGGACUUCCGAGAGUCGUGUCAAUCACUCACCUGAUGAUGCAUUAGAUUCACGAGCAUCUGCAACCAUGGUGUCGGAAAGAUCAUCUUGCUCAGCAUUCUCCGACGCUGCUGUCACGAGACCAUAUAAGCGGUCAAAAUUUUCUCUGGUUUGGACGCAAAAUGAUCAACAAUCAGACUUGCCCUCAAGUCACAUGCGCUAUCGGAGGAUCUUGCCACAACUUGUUCCUUGGAAAAGAGUGACAUACUGGAGACGAUUAAUGAAUUCAGUCUCCGCUUUGCGAAAUGGUUCUUUCUCCAAUAUCAGCCAAAAGUUGUCAACGAUGAGGAAGAGACAUACUGUAUACACAAGAUCAACUAACGGGUAUUCACUUAGAAAAUCCAAGGUCUUAAGUAUUGGUGGGUCGCAUUUAAAAUGGUCCAAGUCCAUUGAGAGAGACUCGAGAAAAGCUAAUGAGGAAGCCACUUUGGCUGUGGCUGCAUUUUCAAAGAAAGAAAAUGAAAAGCAUUCUGGACAAAGUAGUACUAGGAAGACGAGCAGAAACCAUCUGGCACGGGAGCGCAUUUUCAGGUUUGGUUCUCUGCGCUAUAAAAUGGAUCCUUCAAGGCGAACUCUUCAGAGAAUAUCUGAUGUUGAUUCACCGUGCUCUGGACCUACUGAAAAUGGGAAAGGCGCGAAAAGACCUUUCAUCCCAAAGAGAUUGGUGAUAGGCCAUGAAGAAUAUGUACGUGUGGGAAAUGGUAACCAGCUUGUCAGAGAUCCAAAGAAACGAACCCGUGCGUUGGCUAAUGAGAAGGUCAGAUGGAGCCUGCACAAUGUUCGGUUGCGGUUGGCUAAGAAGAAGAAGAAGUACUGCCAGUUCUUCACAAGAUUCGGGAAAUGCAACAAAGAUGACGGGAAAUGUCCAUAUGUUCACGACCCCUCGAAAAUUGCAGUUUGCACCAAGUUUUUGAAUGGAUUGUGUGCGAAUGAUAAUUGCAAAUUGACUCACAAGGUCAUUCCAGAAAGGAUGCCUGAUUGCUCUUAUUUUCUGCAAGGCCUAUGCAACAAUGAGGCAUGUCCAUAUAGGCAUGUGCAUGUCAACCCGAGUGCUGCUAUAUGUGAUGGGUUUUUAAAGGGAUACUGUUCAGACGGAAACGAGUGUCGGAAGAAGCAUUCAUACACCUGCCCAGAUUUCGAAGCCACUGGAUCAUGCCCUCAAGGAUCGAAAUGCAAGCUCCACCACCCCAAGAACCAAGGCAAAGGAAUAAAGAGGAAAAGACCAAGCGAACCAUCAGAGAAAAAUCCCCGUGGGCGUUACUUUGGCUCACUUCAGAAACUCUUUUCCGAGUCUGAGCCAAUGGUAGUGGAUAGACAUCCCACUGAGAGUGAAGAUUUUGGAAAAGAAGGCUUCGAGUUUAUAUCCCUAGGGGCUACUGAGGAAGAAGCCGGUGAUAACAAUGAUCAAGCCACCGAGCAAUCUAUCUCCAGCGAGAGUGAAGAACCUGCUUCAAUAUACGAGCUAAUCAAACCAGUAGCUUUGAUGCGGUAAGAAGAAACAGGUAUCAGUUUUUGUUUGGUCGAGUACAAAGGUAAGCUUUCUCUGGUAGAAAGACAAACUACACGGUCUUCUGAUACGUUUGUUUGUAUUCUUUUAGUUAGUUAGCUUUUGUUCUCUUCUAGAUAUACUCUUUACUUCAUACAGAGAAGAAUUGUACAUAUGUUUUUGUAAUUGAUCCAAAAAUUUGAAUACAUUUGUUUUUUGGUGGUCUCUC